CACAAACAUUAUGAACCAUUAAGAAUAAAUAGUUGACGCUAACACUAAACGCGGACAUGCAUCUAUUGAUGCAUAGCCUAUCCACACUUAGCCGAUCGAUUGUUUGUUAGUGUAUUGAAAUGUGAUGUGAGAUAUAUAGCUGACUAUACGGAUACACAGUGAAAGUGUGCAGAAGAGUUUAGAUACGCCGGAGAAACAUUAUGGCUAACAGCGUCACUCAAGAGUACAUGCAGAUCCCUGCCGUGACGCGAGCAUAUACCACUGCAUGCGUCCUGACAACUGCAGCUGUGCAACUGGAGUUCAUCACACCGUUUCAACUCUAUUUUAACCCUGACCUGAUAUUAAAUAAAUACCAGGUAUGGCGACUGAUCACAAACUUCUUAUUUUUUGGACCUCUUGGAUUCAGUUUCUUGUUCAACAUGAUUUUUUUAUAUCGGUACUGCCGAAUGCUGGAGGAAGGCUCCUUCCGUGGGCGAACGGCAGACUUUGUCUACAUGUUCCUGUUCGGUGGUGUUCUUAUGACCCUCUUUGGUCUGUUUGCCAACCUGUUCUUUUUAGGACAGGCUUUCACUAUCAUGCUGGUUUAUGUCUGGAGUAGAAGGAACCCUUACAUCCGCAUGAACUUCUUUGGCCUUCUCAACUUCCAGGCCCCAUUCCUUCCCUGGGUGCUCAUGGGAUUCUCAUUGUUAUUGGGCAACUCCAUUGUCAUUGAUCUUUUGGGCAUUGGUGUAGGACACAUCUACUACUUCCUGGAGGAUGUAUUUCCUAACCAGCCAGGAGGCAGAAAGCUUCUUGCCACUCCUGGAAUUUUUCGAUUUUUGUUUGACGCGCCUCAAGAAGAUCCGAAUUACGCCCCCCUUCCAGAAGAUCAGGAUGGGAUAUCCUGGAAUGGACAAGGUGUAGAAGAUACUGGCCAAGAUCAAAAUGAGGAGGAUCCACAAUGAGAAGAAAACUGAAGGAUUCAAUACCACUAAGACAGCAAUAAACGUUGUCAUGCUUUUUAAGUCCUGUUUGUUUUAGUUGAAAAAGUUUAUGUCUGCAUGUCAAGUUCUGUAAGUCAGAAUAUUUUGAAGACACUCCUUGUUGAAGGGACAAUGCUUUAGCAUACGGUCCACUGUGGAUCCAGGAAAGACGGACACUGGUCAUCGUAGUGCCUUUGUGUACAAAAUAAAUGGAUCCAAAUUUUGCAUUCAGUGCCAUGCACAUCACAAAACAAGUUUUCCUUUGUUAUUUUGUUCUGGAAGAACAAUGCCUUUCUGUUUUACUUCACACCACAUGGUUUGAAACAAUUGCCGUAUUUUCGUCAACUUCUGUUUAAUGAAUAUUACAAAGUAGUGGUGGCUGGCAGCAUUGGAGUUUAAAGAGAAACCAUUCAAUCUCCCGAACUAUAAUCCAUCAUUUUAGAGGGAGUGCGGACGCCACAAGAGGGUAUUUUCUGGGUACAAUACUGUGGCAUAUCUCUUUUCCCACAACAGUCAGCGGCGAUGGAGGUGGACACAUUCACAAAUGUGCCGACUCUCUGAAAUGCCAAAUUGAACUGCAGACUAUGCAUUUUCAAGCCUUUGGUCUUUGUUAGCACAGCACCAUUGCAACAUACAAAAAGGCUUUGUGUGGUGAAACUGAAAUUGUCCGGAAGAGUUUGUCCUCCAUAAAAAGAAAUUACGCUUCUUAAAAACCAUGGAUAUAUGUGCGAGAAGACUUUUAUUUAAAUAUAAAUACAAACACACUUGUUUGUCUGAAGGCUCAUGAAUAAAGUUUUCAUAUUUGCCA